GGAAUCGACCGUUACACAAAACCGGCAUUGUAUCAAUAUUUUGCACGUUUUUUGCAAGAUUGCUAAAAACUGCUAUUGUUUUAUUACGUUUAUUCGAACGUAAUUAAAAACCCACCCCAAUGAGUCGGAUCGGUUAUUGACCUUACUAUGUCAAAAUGCGGAAAUUUGGUUAAAAGUAUAAAAUUGGUUUAAAAUUAAUGCAUGGUAAUGUUAAGAGAAAUCUUCGACCAUGUGUUAUUAACAAUAAUGUUUACUAACCACUUUCGCGCGAAUAGUGUGACGUGAUAUAUAUGUGAUAAUUUAUAAUACGUAAAAACUUGUUAUUGUAAAGGCGUUUGUAUUUUUAUAAUUUAAAUUUGUUUAUAAUGGAAAGUAAAGAAGAAUACCAUGAUCCAGAUUACCCUGAAGCUUCAAUAUCCACUCAGGAAGGUUCCUCAAAUUUAACAGAAAAGGAACAAAUAGACAAAAUCAAAAACAUAAUACUAAGAGAGUUUGGUAAUGAGCUAGAAUUAAGAGAAAAUGACGUCAUGCUCGCAAAUCAACGAAUGCAAAAAGCACGUCGGAUACUAUGUGAGCUAAGGUACCAGCUGGUGCUGCGCUAUUACAAGGACCAGAAGUUGCAGCUCACCCCGAACAACCUGCAGGAUGAGGCGCUCGCACAGAACGAACCUCGCACCAGGACAGAGGUGACAACCCUGCUAAGAGAUAGUCAGCGUAGGAUCCACCCCUCUUUACGAAAGCUGCUAGGCAAGAAAACUGUGGACUUGGAGGAGAUUAUGAAGAUCAGGGAGCCUAGGAACAAGGCCAAGAAGAAUUACUCGGCUAUGGUACAUUGUCGUAACUACACGGUAGCGGCGGAUUCCACAAAGUCACUUCGACCAGAGUCACAAAUACCACCCGAGGAGAAUCCUCUCCCUGAUGAAGUGGAAACAGAUAAACCUAAGAAAAUACCCCGACGUCUGGAGCCGAAGGUGGAGAAUGUGGUGACCCUGGUAGAAGCCACCAGGAACCAGGUGAAACACCGGUACCGAAUUAUUAUAGGUAACACGUCGAAGUGGGCGCCGGGCGCGUCCUCCGCGGACCGCUCCACGCACACGUGGCUGCUGUACGUGCGCGGCGCCGCCGCCGUGCUGCGCGCCGUCGCCCUGCGCCUGCACCACUCUUACGCGCCGCACCACCUCGUGCGCAUCGAUAAGCCACCGUUCCAGGUGUCGCGGCGCGGCUGGGGCGAGUUCCCGGCGCGUGUAGAGUUGCACUUUGCGCUGCCCGCGCGCAACCCGCCCGCGGCCCUCGACCACACCAUCCGCCUCGACAGGCACCGCACCGGCCUGCAGACACUCGGUGCAGAAACAGUUGUGGACGUGUGGUUGUACAGUACACCUGAAAUGUUGGAGCAUGAAUACAAAGAUGACAUUCCUGCAAACUUACCACAAGACAACAACGACAAGAAAGAGCCCAGCGAUCUGUGUACUGAAGAUAACAAGGCCCCCACCAAUUCAGCAGAUGAUAAAACCAAUGAUACAAAUUCAGAAAAAUUAAACGACAGUUGGUUAGAAUUCUUCUCAAAAGACAGCACCGAAUUAAAUGUAGACGAAAUGUUGAUAAAAAAGGAAGAUGUUAAAAAAGAAGCAAUGGAUUAUGAAAAUCUAGAAGAUAAUUCCACUUUAGUAUUAAAAGAUAAAAUAAAAAUUGAACCUGAUACUCAGAAAUCAAUUUUAUACGAUCAAUUAACGAAGGAAUCAAACGUAGAAGUUAAAAUAGAACCCACCGAUGAAUUGCCAAAAGAAAUAUUGAAGGAUCCGGAAUGCUUUAAAAAGCGAAUAAUGAAAUACAUGGAUCCAACAACGAAGAAAAUAUAUUAUUUAGAAAUGGAUAGAGAAUUAGAUCUAUCUAAAGUGCAAGAGAUAGUUAUUAAUUCACAGGGUAAUGUUAAAAAGGCGAAAAUCAGUCCGAUCAAGUCAAAUGGUUUGAAAUAUGUGCGGAAAAAUAAAAAUAACUUAACAAGUGAUACAGUUAAGGACAGUGUGAAUUUUUCUCAUAUAGAGAAUGAUCAUUGUUAUGUGAAAUCAUCGCAUAGUGUUAAAGAAAUGCAAAUAGAACAUGUUAGUGUGGAGAGUGAUCGUAACUUGUAUGAUGAGGUGUGUGCCGCUGUGCUCAGGUUCCCCUGCAUCAGGAUGGCCGUCAGCUACCUCCUGAAGAAGAUCCCACUCAUCACAGUUAAAGCAAAAGAUCCAGAAUUCGUGAAAUAUUUUCCAUUUGUUGUUGAAAGUGAAGAUAAAUAUUGGAAAUUGGAUUUUGCUAAGAGAAGAAAUAUAGAAUGGUCGAGAGCAAAGUUAAUCAACAAAAUAAUGGUACAGUACCUUGUGACGGAUGAUCAGAUCUGGCAGACUAAACAGAUCCUGAUCUACUCCAGACUGCACGGCUACCACCCUGUGAGGAGUGAGAGCAUCCCGGAGCGCACCAGCCAGGACUGGUGGACCUCAUGGAACCUCACAGACUCCCAGCACAGCGACACCAUGCCGGAUAGUUCUUCGAACUGGGAUUUUAAUUCAUUAACUAUAUUUAAUGGUGAUGAAUUCGCGAAUAGUUCCUUAUCGGAGUCUGUUAUAUCGGAAUCUGAUGAAGAAAUAGAUAUAGUGAAUUGUGAUAGUAAAGUGAAAGUGAAAAGUGAAGUGAUUCCGGAGACUAGUUUGGAAGUGCUCCCCGUGGAGAGUGCGGAGGACAGGCUCAGGUUCCUCUUUGUUGAGAAGAAGUGUGCGGACAUUGGUAUCGAACUGCGGAAUGAAGAUGUGGGGAAUGGAUACUCUUACAGCGCAGUGCACUCGGUGCUGGCGAGCGCGGCGCGCAGCCUGGCCGAGGAGCUGGUGCGGGCCGCGCGCGCCGCCGCCCUCGCCCCCGACACCCCCGACACCCCCGACACCCCCGACACCCCCACACUCGCACACGUCUGGUCAGGUUCCGGGCGCGUGGUGAGCGCGGGCGCGCGCGAGGUCUGCGCCGGCGCGCGGCGCUCCGCCCGCCUGCACGCGCUCACGGCGCGCUGGCUGGCCGCGCCGCCGCGCACGCCGCACACACUAUAA